CUGUUUAUAAAACCUUUAUUAUCGUUACAACCGCCGUUCGUUCAGAAAAAUGUUUAGCAUUACGACGUAGUUGUAUGAACUUGUCAUGUUACCUUUACAUUCCAAAGAUAAAGAGGCUAAAGCAAGGAAUCGUAUCGUUGAGAAACUGCAGGGAUGGAUAAGGCUUAUAUUUGCCGAUAAAAACACAAGGAAUCUCUUCCUUUUUCUUCUAUUAAACUUAAGUUUUGCAUUUGUCGAACUUCUCUAUGGCGUAUGGACCAAUAGUUUAGGUUUAAUUUCGGAUUCUUUCCAUAUGUUCUUCGAUUGCACUGCCUUAUUGGCUGGUCUAGUAGCAUCAUUAGUAGCAAGGUGGAGAGCAAAUGAUAAAUAUUCGUACGGUUACGUACGCGCGGAAAUUAUAGCUGGCUUUAUAAAUGGAUUGUUUCUGCUAUUCAUCGCCUUUUUUAUUUUUUCUGAAGCUGUUGAAAGAGCUAUCGAAACGCCAGAAAUAAAACAUGAGCGGUUAUUAACAGUCUCUGUUUUGGGGUUCAUAGUUAAUUUGGUGGGGAUUUUCGUUUUCCAACAUGGAGGUGCACACGGUCAUUCUCAUGGAGAUCAUGGUCACAGUCAUGGAAAUCAUGAUCAUGGUCAUGGUCAUUCUCAUAGCUCCGCGAGUGGCCAAAUUUUACAAAGUGUCUUUAUACAUAUUCUAGCUGAUACUUUAGGCAGUGUAGGAGUUAUUAUAUCUUCGUUACUUAUUCGAUAUUUCGGAUGGAUGAUUGCUGAUCCAAUAUGCUCUAUGAUCAUUGCACUUCUGAUAGGUGUCAGUGUUAUACCUCUGUUGAGGGAUUCGUUAGGAAUAUUAAUGAUGAGACAACCUCGAGGAUUAGACUCUCACCUAGGAUCUUGCUAUCAACGAGUGAUGCAGUUAGACGGAGUUUAUAGCGUUCAGGAACCUCACUUUUGGACGUUGUGUAGUGAUGUUUUUUGCGGAGGAGUUAAGCUCGAAGUUUCGCCUAAGGCAGAUACAAAGUAUAUUUUGAGUCAGACUCAUAGUAUUUUUACUUCCGUGGGUGUUAAGCAGUUAUAUGUUCAAAUUGAUCAUGCAUUGAGCUGA